CGAGGGAGUAAAGGGGGGUGGUGGUUGGUUGGUAGAUUCGUUGGUUGGUAGUGUCUGUAGUCAUGUCGAGUGUAGCCAAGCAACGCGCAAUGACCACAGUCUCUAGCGAUACGGUAUCAAGCUCACACAGGUUGUCCUUCCCUCCUUCCUGACCCAACAUACUAUUUCUCCCCAUUUCAAAGUUUUUCUCUCUCUCUUUCUCUUUCUCUUAUUAUUGCCCAAAGAAAUGUACGACUGACUUUAUUCUCCCCUUUUAAUAUGGGGUGAACAUCAUUAUAUUACAUGAUACGGUGUCAAAACUUGCAAUAUCAAAUUAUGAUUUCAUUCAACAUGCUGAUUAUCAAACACGUGAAUUAUAUUCACAGUGACAAUGUUUCGUAUGUGUAAUAAUAUUGAAAUGCAAUUAAUAGUGUGUUAAUGUCGAUUUUUAUCAAAGGAAGAAAGUCAUAAAAGAUUCCAAAAAUUAUAUAAGUUAAGGCACUAAAAUACUUCAAGUAUUACUUGGUAGACUGUAGUAUAAGGAUUUUUACAUCCUGCAUUUAAUAUAGGCUGUGAUCAAGUGAAACUGUCUAAAAUAGAAAUUUAAAAUAUUUAAUCACUGAAUUAAAAAAUGAAGAAAUGUCAGUGGAGAAUGAUUGACAAAAAAUAGUGAAAUGAAAAUAUAAUAAUUUAAAAAUUAUCGAUAGAAUUGAAAGAAAUUAAAUUAUUAUAUAUGCACAGUAGAAUAAACAUUUUAAAAUGAAGAUAAAGAAUUAAAAAUUAAAAGUCAAUGAUUUAAGGAGUAUUUCAGUAGGAGUUCAAUGAAAACAAAAGAGUUUUCGAUUUUUAAGAUGUCAAUGAAGAGAAUUGCAGUUCUAACAGCUGUGCACUCUUCUCAAUAUUAUUCAAAUAAUUCAAGUGGUUCCGGUCUAAGCUAUAUUCUUCAGGGUUAUAACAUGUCAUCCAUUGGGAAUGGAAGAUCCAGUCGCUUUGAGCCCGAUCUUCAUGGAAACGUGAAUAUUCUUCUCGGAGGAGCCAUGCUCAGCGGUGUGAUUAUGAUCGUCGUACUGAUUUGUUACUGCUGUCAUAGAAAUGUACGAAAGCAUCGACCGCAGGAAUAUUCUCAAUACUGGCGCACUGAACCAGAUGUUCACAGUCUUGAAAUUUUUACGAUGGAUUCUCAUGCUAUGUGUUACGAGCGAGGGAUAGGUUUAAACGGAACGGAAGAAGGGACCUUAUCGUCAGUACCCCGUCCAGUAACACCGGGACCACCUCCAGCUUAUGAAAGCCUAAUCUUCAACCCCCAGAAUUUACCCUCGCCCAGUGAUAAGAAGGAAUCACCAAGGAGUCUUGGGAACAUACUUCCGGUUUGCCCGGAAUCAGAUACGGCUCAUAUAAAAUCUAAAGAAGUCACCAACAAUGAUGACGACGACGAGGGCUUACCAUCAUACGAAGCUGCUCUAAAACUUGAAGCCAGUGGUUACGUGUAAAAAAACAAUUUUAACUCAAAAAAAAAAAAUUAAACUCAAAACUUCCACAAUGGCUUAUUAUAAUUAUUGUUAAAAGUCAAAACAGACUUAAAAAUAUACUGAAUUUUCAAUGAGUGUAUUCCAAAACUUAUACGUAUUUCAAAAAAAAAUUUUCUUUGAAAAAUUAUGAAAAUGUGACUUUUAUAAUUCCUGAUGGAGAAUAAAAGUGUUCUUCUUUUUAAAAAAAAUGGAUUUGAAAAAUAAACGCGGAGAUUAUAAUGUCGAAAAAAAAAUGAGACGCACUUUUGAAAAUAAUUCCUGAGCUAAUCAGAAUUGUGUAGACAAAAAUAAAAAGAACAAGAGAAAAUGCGUACUCAGAAUUUACAUAUUUUAUACCAUAUAUAGACACUUUGUUGGUACUAAACGAAAUUUCGUUUUCUACGCCCUUAUAAUUGAAUAAUUAUACAUAUACAUAUUACACACCCUGUACAUAGAGAUUUUAUCAGAGGAAUAUGCAAAUUUAACAAUAUAUAUAUAUAUAUAUACGCUUUCAAUACACUCCAAUAAUGAUAUUGUGUUUUAAAUUAAUUAAGUAUUUAAUUUUUACAGUGAUUAAUUUUAAAUUUACAUAUUAAUCGUAUAUUAAGAAUCGGCAUUUCUUUUAAGUUGUAAAAAAUGGCUGUACUGAAAUCUGUUUUAAGAUUAUUGAA